CGGAAAUACAAGGGACGGUCAGGGAAGUUCGGCAAACACCGAGCCUAAGCAGUCCUCUCGAGCUUGUGGGAGGAGUAGGAAGCAAAGAUGUCGGAGCGAAAAGUUUUAAACAAAUACUACCCCCCCGACUUUGACCCGUCAAAGAUCCCCAAGCUCAAGCUCCCCAAAGACCGGCAGUACGUGGUACGGCUGAUGGCUCCCUUCAACAUGAGGUGCAAGACGUGCGGAGAGUACAUCUACAAGGGCAAGAAGUUCAACGCGCGGAAGGAGACGGUGCAGAACGAGGCGUACCUGGGGCUGCCCAUCUUCCGCUUCUACAUCAAGUGCACGCGGUGCCUGGCGGAGAUCACCUUCAAGACAGACCCAGAGAACACGGACUACAGCAUGGAGCACGGAGCCACCCGGAACUUCCAGGCAGAGAAGCUCCUGGAGGAGGAGGAGAAGCGGGUGCAGAAGGAGCGGGAGGACGAGGAGCUGAACAACCCCAUGAAGGUGCUGGAGAACCGAACCAAGGACUCCAAGCUGGAGAUGGAGGUGCUGGAGAACCUGCAGGAGCUCAAGGACCUGAACCAGCGGCAGGCGCACGUGGACUUCGAGGCGAUGCUGCGGCAGCACCGCCUGUCCGAGGAGGAGCGGCAGAAGCGGGAGCAGGAGGAGGACGAGCGGGAGACCGCGGCCCUGGUGGAGGAGGCCCGGAAACGGAGGCUGUUGGAGGACUCGGAUUCAGAAGAGGACGAGGCUGCCCCCGCCCCACCGCGCCUGGCCCCGCGGCCCAACCCCACCGCCAUCCUGGAGGAGGCUCCAAAAGCCAAGAGGAGGGCGGAGAGCUGGGAACGGAGUGUCGGCACCCUUGGCAGCAGACCGCUGCUGUCAGGCCUUGUCGUGAUGAAGAAAACAGACCUGGGUCCUGGCACUAGGCAGAGCCAGGCGUCACCCACCCAGUGUAGGUGCCCGGGGGACCUUGGAUCGGAGUGCGGCGCCUCAGACGGCCACCAGGCUCCGAAAAGAGCGGAAAGGCAGCUGACCCUGCACCCCGGACGCUCGGCACCUCCUCCCUGAGCCAGCUGGGGGCAUAUUCGGACAGCGAGGACAGCAGCGGCAGCAACUGAGACCCCUGCCCAGGCCCUUGUCCUGGUCAAGGUCACAUGUCACAUGUCCCUAGUCAUGCUGGUCGCCAGGAGGCCUUGGCACCAACCAGAGCCAUGAGGGGGCAAACACAAAUGCCCUCUGAGGCUGGCGGGGCCAGCGGGGGCUUCCACCGCUGGACUCGGUUUCUCCCCUGACCCUCCCCGGGGUUGUGGCGUCCCCGACAGCCCUCGGCUUCCAGCAAGCCUCGGUGGAACUCCCUGGCUUCCCUUGGAUGGCGGGGAGGGGGGGUCUGCAGUGUUUCGGGCCCUGCCCCCUUUAGCCCCACCCACCACAGUAGCUCCGCCUCCUGCCACCUGAAAACCAAUAAAAGGGCAUCUCCUCCACCAGCUUCUGAGGACUGGGCCGCUGAAACACACGACCGAGCCAGUCCGGCCUCCUCGCUCUCAGAAGCUAGGAGUUGAGGGUUUGUUGAUUGGCCCACAUUUGGGGGUGAUCUGUUAUGUGGCUGUGAUCCAAAGCCCACGUUCUCUCAAGGCUGCGGGAUCUCAACCCUGGUGUAGUUCUCUUCCACUUCCGCACUUCCUAGUGGGAGGUCCUGCGUCCCCACCUUCACAGCUGACACCCCGGGCUCUCCUCCCGCAAUCGUGACGUCAGCUCUCCUGUCUCUCGCGCGCGGGAGCACAUUUAGUGUUUGAUAAUGAGGCUUUGUCCUCGCUGUUUGCGAGAUGAAAAACCCCCACUUUUUUCCUUUUAAUUAAAAAACAUUUUACUGUUUAUUUUUGAGAGACAAUGCGAGUCGGGGAGGGGCAGAGAGAGGGAGACACGGAAUCGGAAGCACAGAGCCCGAUGCGGUGCUCGAACUCACAAACCAUGGGAUCCUAACCUGGGCCGAAGGCCGACACUCAAGUGGCUGAGCCCCCCAGGCUCCCCAAAAAGCUCCCACUUUGGGGAUCUGCUUUCCUACAGUGAUUUCUGUGCUUAAGUGUGGCUUGAGGCGCACUGGGAUCCAGCCAGGGCUUCCGGUGAGGACUCCGGGGCCUGGGUCUUGUAGGUAGACAGGGCCGCUGGUGACGGAAGCCGGGCUCCCGGGGACCUGGCCAGACGGCCCGCCUCCCCAGCUCCAUACUCCGCAGCAUCGCGUCUGCGGCUUGAAAUCAGUCGCACACGCUAGGAGUCUGCCUGCUUCCCCGCCCAGCCCGAGACCGCAGCGAGGCACUUUGUCCCUCCGCACCCCGCCUGCUUUCCCCAAACUCGGCAUCGCGCGGGGUGCCCAGGUUAUGGCUGCUCAGGCCAGCGGUGCGCGUAAACCAGCCGGAAGUCGUUGUGGAAGAGAUGAGGCGUGGCUGCUCUGGUUCACUCUGAUUCCUUCUUUCCACCUGUCCCCUGAACUGCCGACUUCCUGUUGCCAUGCACACGUGCCAUGUGCCAUCUGUUACUAUUAUUUCUUGAAGAGUAUUAACUCCGUUCUACAGCAUACCUGAGCAAACUACCGUGCCCCACGGCCUGGUUUUGUAAAUAAAGUUUUAUUGGCACAGCAA